AUGAAUGUGUUUUGUUUAUUGAUGUUCCUGCAGUUAAAAGGUUACCAUUCAGUAGGUAGCAAUCCUAUUUUGUUAUAUUCAACGGCAUCAGAUAUACGAGUUGUGAACACAUCUCAACUUGGCAAAGUGAAUACCAUAGUCAAAGAUCUGGAACAGGGGUCCGCAGUUGAUUUCCUUCACUGUAAGGACCUUAUAUGCUGGUCAGAUCAGACUGCAGAAUUGAUACAGUGCAUGAGUUAUAAUGAAACACAUUUAGGAGAUAAAAUUAGGAUAGUUUCAGAAGGAUUAAUUACACCAACUGGCAUUGCAAUAGACUGGUAUACAGACAAGAUAUACUGGACCGAUGGAGAGACAAAUAAAAUAGAAGUUAUUAGUAUAGAACAUAAAUAUAGAAAAGUUCUAUUCUGGUCAGAAGUUGAUUUAGCUAGAGCUAUUGCUGUUGUUCCUAAAGAAGGAUUAAUGUUCUGGACAGACUGGGGUGAAAUACCCAAAAUAGAACGAGCUGGAAUGAAUGGUGAUCCAACAACACGAAAAGUUAUAGUGAAAGAAAAUAUUUUUUGGCCGAACGGCAUUACAAUAGAUUAUGACAAAAACCUAAUAUAUUGGGUGGAUGCUAAACUACAUUUUGUAGAUGUUAUGGAUUUUAAUGGUGGUAAUAGAAAAAGUGUUGUCACCGUUGGCCUGGUAUACCCGUAUGCCUUGACAUUUGUUGAUAAUAAACUAUACUGGACUGAUUGGAAAACAUGGUCAAUGCAUACUUGGGAUAUGUCAUCAAAUGGUCCGAUGAAGGAGCUUAUAAAGUCUGAUCCAGUCCCUGUGGAUGUUAAAGUGUAUGAUGGCAAGAGACAGGUGAUGCCCACUGGUGACUAUCCUUGCAAAGUUAACAAUGGAGGUUGUUCACAUUUGUGCCUUUUAUCUCCAAAUCCACCAGGAUAUGAAUGUGCCUGUCCAACAGGCUCAAAGUUAAUAGAAAGUAGCAAUACUACUUGUUACAAUGGUCCUCAAUCGUUGCUCGUCGUAGCGCAACGUUCGGCUAUAUCCAAGAUAUCUUUAGAUUCACCUGACUUCACACCAUACACAUUGCCGCUAAAGGACUUGAAGAGAGCCCUAACUGUGGAUUUCGAUCCUAAGUAUGAAUAUAUUUAUUGGGCUGAUAGCUUGGCAAAAACAAUAUCACGUGCGCGUCUAGACGGUAGUGAACAAACGGUGGUCAUUCACAGCAGUGGAGUCCCUGACAGUAUCGCGAUCGAUCCGUUAGCAAGGAAUAUCUAUUGGACUGAUCCUGUAACUGACACUAUCAAUGUAGCAAGACUCGAUGGUAGCUCUAAGAAGGUGAUAAUCCACAAUGAGUUGUACAAUCCUCGAGCAAUUGCAUUACACCCUACAGCAGGCUGGAUGUUCUGGUCAGACUGGAAUGAGAAGAAACCUAAAAUAGAAAGAGCUAAUUUGGAUGGUAGUGGAAGAAUCUUGUUAAUAUCAGAGAAACUGACUUGGCCUAAUGGCAUCGCUCUUGAUACUGUUAAGAAUAAACUAUAUUGGGGUGAUGCUAGAACUCACAAAAUUGAGAUGUCCAACAUGGAUGGAACGGAAAGACGAGAGCUACACAGUAGUGAAAUAAUACACAUUUUUGGACUUACACUACUUGGAGAGCAUCUGUAUUGGACUGAUAUGCAAAAACGGACUUUAGAUAGGAUCAACAAGAAUACUGGCUUAGAACGACAGCCUGUAGUGGAACAAAUGGCAAAUAUGAUGGGAGUUAAAGCAUUUAAACUUGGCCAAUCAUAUGGAUGGAACAAGUGUGUGGAGAACAAUGGCGGCUGUUCGCAUCUAUGUUUCAAUACACCUAAACACUACGUGUGCACCUGUCCUUUAGGUUUAGAACUAAGUAAAGAUGGAAGCACGUGCAAGGAACCAGAGGCAUUUUUAAUAUACAGUCGUAAGAACGUUAUUGGCCACAUAAGUAUUGAGAACGAAAAUACUGAUGCCGUACUGCCACUCAAAGAUCUGAAAGAUGUCAGCGCGUUGGCCGUACAUGUAUCUGGAUCUAAGAUAUACUGGUCAGACAGCAAAACAAAAACUAUUAACAGGUGUUCUGUAAAUGGUUCUAAUAUGGAGAAAGUUCUCGAGUCGAUGGGUUUAGUAGAAGGCCUAGCAAUUGAUUGGUCAGGACAGAAUAUUUACUGGACAGACACUGCAACACAGCGCAUCGAAGUAGCCCGACUGGACGGCUCCAGCCGAAGGGCAUUGAUAUGGCAGGGGCUUAAGAAACCUAAAAGCAUUGCACUGGACCCCAAGAAAGGAUAUAUGUACUGGUCAGAGUUGGGUUCAAAGACGAUAAAACGUGCAGGCAUGGAUGGUUCCUCUCCUACUAUUAUUCUAGAACAAGUCGGCAAAGUUCAUUCUCUUGCUAUUGACUAUGAAAAUCGUGGCAUAUACUGGGCCGCGCUGGACCCGCCCGCAAUAGAGUUCGCGUUCUUAAAUGGUACCGGAAGGAAAAUUCUAGUCAAUAAUGUGUCGAUGCCUUAUACUUUGACAUUGCAUAACGAUCGAAUUUAUUGGGGUGAUUGGGACACAGGCAUCGUAGAAUCGGCAUCGAAAGCAGACGGCAGAUCUCGCAAGGCGAUCCACAGCGGCGUGGAGUACAUAUCGGAGCUGAAGGUGUGGGGCCGGCGGCGCCAGGCGGCGACGCAGUGCGGCGCGGACAACGGCGGCUGCGCGCACCUGUGCCUCGCCGCGCCGCCCGACUACCGCUGCGCCUGCCCCGCGCACUACCGCCUGCGCGCCGACAACCUCACCUGCGCCGAACCUGAAGAGUUUCUACUAUUCGCCCAAAAGAACGCGAUUGGCAGAAUAGUAGUUGCCAAUGGAGAAUGUUAUGAUGCUUAUAUUCCUCUGACGGGGCUCAAAAAUGUUAAGACAAUUGAUUACGACCCUGUUAAUAAGCAUCUGUACUGGAUGGAUGAAGACUCCCACUCAAUCCACAGAGUACCAAUAUCAUAUUCGACCACAUCUGCAGUGAACGAUGCUACUACCGUGAUCACGGGCCUCACUAGACCUUUCCAAAUGGUCCUAGACGUACUUGGACGAGCUUUGUAUUGGACAUGUGCUGAUACGGAUUCCAUUAAUGCAACUUCUAUUGACAAUAAUUCAUCCUCCGGAGUGAUACUCCGAGGCGAUAAUAUGAUGCCUCGACAUUUGGCUUUCCAUCAGACUAAAAGAUUUCUCAUAUGGACCGACGCGGGUCUCGGUGUAAUUAUGCGAGCAAACGUGGACGGGACGUCACGAAUGGAACUGGCUCGAGCGAGCAACGCGACCGCCCUCACUAUCGACCAGACCACCGGCACCGUCUACUGGGCUGUCAAUCGACAAAUACAUGCCGUAGAUCUCGACGCUUCUAACAAACGUAUAGUAUGGCAGGGAGGUUGGGCCGGCACGCUAGCCACGUACGGCGGGUGGGUGUACUUCAGCGGGGGCGAGCGCGCGCUCAUGCGCGUUCCGCUGACGAGACGCGACGCGCCCGCCGCGCCCGUCCCGCACGUCGCCAGGCUCGUGGCCGCCAGACACGUACACAAGGUGAACCGCGAGCACCCGUGCUUCAACGGCGGCAGCUGCGGCGGCGAGGCGGGCGCGUGCGGCGCGGGCGGCGCGUGCGGCUGCGCUCUGCGCUGCGCCGCCAGCGCGCCGCGCGCCUGCGAGCCGCACCGCUUCCUGUGCGACGCCGCCGCGCCCGAGCCCACCUGCAUACCGCACCACUGGAAAUGCGACGGACAAAAAGAUUGCGAGAACGGUGCAGACGAAACGGAGUGCGGGGCCUGCGCGGCGGGGCUGCGGUGCGCCGACGGCGAGUGCGCGCCCACGCUGGGCGCCUGCAGCACCGGCGCCUACUGCGAGCAGGCGCCGCUGCCAGAGGCCUUCCGAUGCGAUGAGAGAUUAUGUCUCGCCCAGAGUCUUCUCUGUGACCAGCGAAUCCACUGCGAAGACGGAUCAGACGAAGCACCUGCUACUUGUGGAUACGCUCAAAAAGACCAGGUGGUGAGCGGAGCGCGCCAGUCGAACGCGUUCGUGGUGUGCAGCCUGGUGGUGGGCGCGGCGGCGGGGCUGGGCGGCGCGUGGGCCGCGCUGCGCCGCUGGAGGCGCGGCGCCCGCCCGCCGGCGCCGCGCCGCGCCUCGCCACUGUCGCCGCUGCGCGCCGUGCCGCCCGCCGCGCGCGCCCUGUGCCCCAAGCGCGCGCCCGAGCGCACCGCCCUCAGCGAACGGGCGCGCCCUCUCGGCGCCAGCGCUAGCGCCAGCGCCACCGCCACCGAGACGUCGGACAGCAGCUGCGCUCGCUACCCGCGGCCCACGGCGAACCCGCCGCCGUCGCCGGCCACGGGCAGCGACGGCGGAGGCGCGGCGCCGCGCCGGCGCGCCUACCGGCACUACCGCGCCAUGAACCGGCCGCCGCCUCCCACGCCCGCGUCGACGGACGCGUGCGAGUCCGAGCCGGAGCCGGCCGCGCGUGCUCCUCCGCCGUCGCCGGUGCCGUCGCCCGAACCGACCGUCUUCCGUUGA